AUUAUUUUAUCGUCGGUGUGGUUAUUAUUUAACCGCCCAUACUCGUAUCUCGUUUCGGCAUUAGUGCGGUUACCGUGCAGCAUUAAUUUUUUUUCAACGAUUUUUAUCUGUUUAAUUGUACAUUAUUGUUGUUGUAGUCGGUACUGUUGUUUGGCCUUACUCGUCCGCCGGCUAUAAAACAGGUACAAAACGUCUGACGCUUCAGCUGUCCCGCGGAGUGUUGGUGCGGAUGAUGAUUUGUACCCUACAACUAUCAGCUUUGUAAUGUGGACAUUCCAACAAGUUAUCGAUGCAUUUUGGACAUCUGACAUUUGGUUGCCCCCCAAUACAAAAUGGUCAGACUUGGAACCCAACGACCGAGUACAGUACACCGACCAUCGGCAUUUGUUCUAUCCGCUUCCGAUGGCCUUAGUCAUGCUCCUUCUUAGAUACCUUUUAGAAAAACAUUGUUUCUCGCCAUUUGGUGUUUCCUUGGGCAUUAAGAGCACAAAACCAAAACGGGCUCCGUCUAAUGAUAUUCUAGAAGAAACGUUUGCAAAAAAUAGCAAAUGGAAUCAUAAAGAAAUUGUCGGCCUCUCCAAGAGACUUGAUUGGACUGAAAGACAAGUAGAACGAUGGUUGAGACUAAGGAGGUCACAAGGAAAACCAUCAACUAUAGUUAAAUUUUGCGAAAGCUGUUGGCGAUGUUUCUAUUACACUUUAUCAUUCCAUUACGGAUUAUUGUUUUUAUGGAGUAAGCCGUGGCUAUGGAACAUUCAUUAUUGCUGGAUCGGAUACCCACAUCAGGGCGUCACAAGAGACACAUGGUGGUAUUAUAUGCUUUCAUUAUCAUUCUACUGGUCAUUAGCUGUUUCCCAAUUUUUCGAUGUCAAGCGCAAAGAUUUUUGGCAAAUGUUUGUACACCACAUUUGUACCAUAUGCUUGCUGUCCUUUUCGUGGAUAUGCAAUUUCCACAGGAUCGGAACGCUAGUACUUUUGACACAUGACUGUGGUGACAUAUUUUUAGAGGUGGCUAAGAUGGCCAAGUAUGCUAAGUACCAAAAGUUAUGUGAUAUCAUUUCAGUGAUAUUCAUUGUUGUUUGGCUAAUUACUAGAAUUGGUUUGUUCCCGUUUUGGAUAUUGUACAGUACUUCAGUGGACGCGCCCAGAGUCGUCAACCAAAUGUUCCCUGCGUAUUAUAUAUUCAAUGGUCUUCUGUUUCUUUUACUUCUUCUACAUCUUUAUUGGACGCAUUUAAUUUUGAAAAUUGCGUUUAUAUCAUGGAAUUCCGGAAAGAUGGACGGCGACAUUCGAAGUUCGUCUAGUGACUUAGAUGAUUCUAAUGAAAGCAUAUUAGACAUCCCUAAUGGAACUAUACCGAACGGCACAACUUAAACAAUCUCCACCAUCCAUUAUUGUAUUUUUUUUUUUUUUUGCAUUUUCGAGUUUUUGUUUAUAAGAUGAUUUCAUAUAUUAAUAUAAGCACCUUGUAGGUAUUCAUGUAAAUAUAAUAAUAAUAUGUGUUCCAGAAUACUAAACGUUUUAUUAUAUUGUCUACUUAAAAUGUAUAAGAUAACGUAUUGUGUCGACUUAUUAGAAAAUAUUAAAUUAACUUAACAAGUUAUUAUGGAAAAAAAGUAGCUACUUAAAACAACAAUUCUCCUGUAUACAUUCAUUACGAGCAAACACCUAAGAACGUUUCAGAUUCGGCUCUAGUCAUCCAUAAACAAAACUAUUUCCCACCAGAGGUAGAUUAUUAACUUUAAUAUUUAUACAUAAAUAUCAUUUUUUGUACGAAGUAAGUUUUUUUUUUUUUUAAUUUUACUAGUAUUUUUUUUAGUUUGUUGUUUUAUAUACCUUACCUACUAUAGUUACAUCAUUAAUAAUACUACGCAUAGUUUUUAUUUAUUAUAUAAUCAUUAUAAUAUAAUACGCUUAUUCAAAUUAUCCUUCCUCUCCCCCUCAAAAAAAAAAAAAAAAUUAUAUAU